AUGUCUGCCACUAAGUCUAGUGCUACAAAACAAUAUAGUAUUGAUAGGUCCACAGUAAGCAACAUUUUACGAGAUAAAGAUAAAUAUCUUCAUUCUCAAAAUAUUCCUGUUUCUCAGAACAUACUCAAAACCAAAGCACUUUCUAUAUAUAAACAGCUUAAAGAUGGUGAUAUAAAAUUUCUCUCUAUAUUUGAGGCAUCUAACAGUUGGGUGUUUGGAUUUCAGUGA